CAACUACAGCAGCCACUACAACAACUGUUGCUCCGACAACAACAACUGCUGCCCCGACAACAACAACAACUGCUGCUCCAACAACGACUACGCUAGGAACUACAACAACUGUUGCUCCUACAACAACAACUGUUGCUCCAACAACAACAACUGCUGCCCCAACAACAACUACGGCAGCAACUACAACAACUGUUGCUCCGACAACAACAACUCCUGCCCCGACAACAACAACUACUGCAGCAACUACAACAACUGCUGCCCCAACAACAACUACGGCAGCAACUACAACAACUGUUGCUCCGACAACAACAACUCCUGCCCCGACAACAACAACUACUGCAGCAACUACAACAACUGCUGCUCCAACAACAACUACAGCAGCAACUACAACAACUGUUGCUCCGACAACAACAACAGCAGCAACUACAACAACCUUUGCUCCGACAACAACAACUCCUGCCCCGACAACAACAACUACGGCAGCAACUACAACAACUGCUGCUCCAACAACAACUACAGCAGCCACAUCAACAACUGUUGCUCCAACAACAACAACUGUUGCUCCGACAACAACUACUGCUGCCCCAACAACAACAACAAUGGCAGCAACUACAACAACUGUUGCUCCGACAACAACAACAGCAGCAACUACAACAACCUUUGAUCCCACAACAA